UCAAAAAUGGCGUCAAAGCUUCAAUUUCUCUUGCUACUUUCAUUUUCAUAUGCCAUUUUGCAGUUAUCGAUGGCCGGAGAUCCCGAUAUCCUCUCCGACUUCAUCGUGCCGCCGAAUGUUGGCGGCCCGCUUGACGGAAACUUCUUCACCUUCACCGGAAUGCGUUCACUCGUUGGUGCACCAUUUCCGACCACUUUUAAGGUGUUGAAAGCUUCCAUGGCUGAAUUCCCGGCUCUUAACGGUCAAAGUGUUUCUUAUGCUGUACUCCAGUUCCCUAGCGGCUCGGUUAACCCACCGCACACCCACCCACGGGCUUCCGAGCUCUUGUUUGUGCUCAUGGGUUCGUUGGAUGUCGGGUUUGUCGACACGACCAAUAAGCUUUUUACGCAAAAACUUCAACAAGGUGAUAUCUUUGUGUUCCCCAAGGGACUUGUUCACUUUCAGUUCAAUAGCGACGCCAAGUCUCCGGCUCUAGCGUUGUCGGCGUUCGGAAGCGCGAGUGCCGGGACGGUGUCGGUCCCGAAUACUGUUUUCAAUUCGACGAUCGACGAUCAGGUGUUGGCAUUGUCGUUUAAGACGGAUGUUGCUACGAUUCAGAAGAUCAAAUCGGGGUUUUCGGGCUAA